GAACCGCAGUGGAGACUAAGCGGCGGGCCGGGCGGAGGCGGCGCGGCGCAGGCGAGCGGCUCCACCUCCGCAAUUCCGACGCCCUGUCCUAGAUUUUCUGACAGAGAGUGGGUCCUCUCCUUUGCUUCUCGCAGGAGUCGCAGCGCCCGCAGUGGGGACCCGCAGCGGGACGCUGUCCCCCGACCCGGAGCGGUAGGCGGGAUGUCGGUGGUGGGCAUUGACCUCGGCUUCCUCAACUGCUACAUCGCUGUGGCUAGGAGCGGCGGCAUCGAGACCAUCGCCAACGAGUACAGCGACAGGUGCACGCCGGCCUGUAUAUCUUUGGGAUCUAGAACUCGAGCCAUUGGAAAUGCAGCUAAGAGCCAGAUAGUCACAAAUGUAAGAAAUACAAUUCAUGGCUUCAAAAAGCUUCAUGGACGAUCAUUUGAUGAUCCCAUUGUGCAAACGGAGAGAAUCAGGCUUCCCUAUGAACUGCAGAAGAUGCCUAAUGGAAGUGCAGGAGUUAAGGUGCGGUACCUGGAAGAAGAGCGGCCCUUUGCAAUUGAGCAAGUCACUGGGAUGUUGCUGGCUAAGCUUAAAGAGACCUCAGAAAAUGCCCUGAAGAAGCCAGUGGCUGACUGUGUGAUCUCGAUCCCGAGCUUUUUCACCGAUGCAGAGAGAAGAUCUGUGAUGGCCGCAGCCCAGGUUGCAGGCCUAAACUGUCUGAGGCUGAUGAAUGAAACCACUGCAGUUGCGCUGGCAUAUGGAAUUUAUAAGCAAGAUCUUCCCUCAUUAGAUGAGAAGCCAAGGAAUGUUGUGUUUAUCGACAUGGGGCAUUCUGCCUAUCAGGUCUCUGUUUGUGCUUUUAACAAAGGAAAACUUAAAGUAAGUGGCUUGGUUACUUUCUGUGUUGGCUGCAACCUUUAUUAUAUUUGGAGUGGAAGGAACUUUGAUGAAACUUUUUGGAGCUACUUCUGUGAUGAAUUCAAGGCCAAAAUAAGAUAAAUGUCAAAGAACUCUCGGGCCUUGUUCAGCUAUUAUCAGGAUGAAAAACAAAAAGCUGAUGAGAGUGCAAAUCGUCCAGAUCUUCCCUAAACGCUUCAGUGUUUCAUGAAUGACCUUGAUGUUUCUGCAAUGAUUUUUUGUUCGUUUCUCCUGGGGCUCGAAUUUGAACAGUUGUGUGUCCUGGUGGGAGUUGGCCCUGCUUUAAAAGCAGUAAUGGAUCAAGCUAAUUUAGCAUGGCGCUGAGACAUAAACAGCAUGGAAAUCCGUGGGAGGAGCUACUCGGUUCCUGCAGUCAAGGAGCAAGUUAGGUUCUUCCUGAAAGACAUCGAUGCCACCCUAAAUGUUGAUGAAGCCGUCCUUGAGGAUGUACUGCGGAGUGUGAUUUGUACUUGCUCACUUAAAUUUACUUCUUACUUUCAGUCUUUCCACUGGCCUUAUGGGGAAUGUGAAGUCUUCUCCCAGAACACUUUGACUCCAUUCUCAAGUAUGGCACCUGAAGAACCAUUUGACGAAGCAUUUUAUGCUAAUUUGCAUGAAGUGCCAUAUCCUGAUCCAAGAUUGGGAAACUUCACUAUUCAAGAUGUUUCCCACAGUCCCAGUGGUGACAGUUCAAAAAUGAAGUUAAAAUUCAACAUCCAUGGAAUCUAGUGUAGCCAUUACAUGUUAAUUGAGAAGCAGAAUCUGGAAGGUGAUCUUGCGAUGCCCCCAUGGAGGCUCAGAAGCUUCUGAAACGAAGGCAAAGAAGAGGAUGUGGACAAAAUGCAGGACCAAAAAGAAGAAGGUCAUCAGAAAUGUCAUGCUGAACAUACCCCAGAAGAAGAGAUUGACCACACUGGGGCCAAGGCAAAGGCACCUCCUUCAGACAAACAAGAUCGCACAUAAAAGAAAACUAUUAAAAAGGAAAAUCAAAGUAUUGAUCUACCUAUCCAGGUAGCCUGUACAGACAACUGACUCAAAGAUCUUCUCAAUAGCUACAUUGAAAAUGAGGGGAAGAUGAUAAUGCAGGAUAAAUUAGAGAAAGAAAGUGAUGCUAAAAAUGCUGUUGAAGAAUGCGUCUAUGAUUUCAGAGACAAAUUGGGCUUUUAUCUCUGAAAAUUCAUCACUCCAAGGGACAUGAAUAAGCUGUCUGCAAUGUUAGACACAGAAAAUUGGCUUUAUGAAGAAGGAGAGGACCAACCCUAAACAGUUUAUGUGGAUAAGCUUCAGGAGAAAAAAUAUGGCCAGCCCAUUCAAAUGAAAUGCGUGGAGCAUGAAGAGAGACCAAAAGCUUUAAAUGACUUGGGGAAAAAGAUCCAGCUUGUCCUGAAAGUGAUAGAAGCACACAGAAACAAGGAUGAAAGAUAUGAUCAUCUGGAUCCUGCUGAAAUGGAAAAAGUUGAAAAGUACAUCAGUGACUCCAUGAACUGGCUAAACAGUAAGAUGAACGCGCAGAAUAAAUUAAGUCUUACUCAAGAUCCCGUGGUAAAAGUGUCAGAAAUAGUUACAAAGUCAAAGGAACUGGAUAAUUUCUGUAACCCCAUCGUUUAUAAGCCCAAACCAAAAGUAGAAGCUCCCGAAGAUAAAACAAAAACUAGUAGUGAGCACAAUGGACCAAUGGACGGACAGAAUGGUUCAGAGACCAGCCCAGAUCCACCCAAAGGAAGCUCCCAGCACACCGACUCUGGAGAGAUGGAAGUGGACUAGGUUCCAUGUAAUUCAACAGGGGUUAACCACAGGGUCCAUCCAUCCUUAUGCCUGGUACACACAACAUAUGUUCAGUUGUUCUUAACUACUUUUGUCAUUUGUUUUUUGGAGUAGUUUCGAAAAGUGUCUAUAUUGAGUGCAUAUUGAUGUCCAUUGCUGCUGUGAAGCUUUAGCUGAAUAUAGACGUACAAAUCAGUUUGAGCUCUCCUUACAUACUUUGUGUCAGUAUGCAGGACUGCUAUGUACUCGGCAACCACCCACUGUAGCCACAGCUUCUACUUGCAUAGCCCUCAGCUUCUGUGUGCAGGAACAGGAUACUGCAUUGCUCUUUUGUUGCAGAGGCAGGGUUAACUGCAUUAUUGUUGUGAAAACAAACUGAAGAUAAUGUGGUUUAGAGCCACCAGCACUGACCCUUUCCUAGUUCCCUAAUGCUAUCACUUAAAUAUUAAAACAAACAGGAGGUUCUGACAUCCUAGAACAUCUCACUGAUGCGCCAUAAGGAAUCCAGUUUUGUCAUCACAUAAAUGAUCAAAAUGACACUCAGAGGGACAGUGUGGUUUGAGUUGGAAUAACACCAGCAUUUGCUGCUUUUGUUAGUAGCAUGGAUUUGUGUUUCCUCCUCGAGUAACUCUUCAUUUGAAACUGUUGAUCUACUUGUCCAAAAGACCAGCUGCUGUCCACACUUGUCCACACUAAUGCUAAAGCACUGUUGACCUGCUCAGGUGUGCAUCUGUGAUGCUGACAGCCUUGGUUCAGUUUAUAGUUGUGUUGCUUUUCUUAAUUGCUUUUUGUUAAUAAUACCUUAAUCUGGGGUAGGGAGACGUUGCACAAUGCCUUGCAUUAUAUAUACCUAUCACUGAUUUAAUGUUCCAAUGUAGAUAGACACUAUUAAAUAAGCAGUAAUUCCUUGAAAGGAGUACCUGUACCAAGUCUUAGGAAAUAAUGCUUGUAAUAAACUGUGUUACAUCAGUAGGUAAAAUACAUAAUGUUACAUAGUGUAAUAUGAUAUAAUGUGAUUAAAUUAUAGUUCCUGCUGUUAAAUUGCCUUUUGAAAACUUG